AUGCAUAAAUCUAGUAAUAAAGGAAUUCCUAAUGAAGUUGAAUAUACAACUGUUAACACAGAAGAUAUUAAAAACAAUGAAAACCAUAAUAAAGAGAGUGAACAGACUCAAUCCUUAUGCAAAAGAAUAGCAAAAACUGCUAAACAAGUAAUUCGGAAAACUGCUCCUUUUAUAUUCAUAUUAUAUAUAAUUUUGGCAACCGGUUUAUUAGUGCUGUUUAUAAUGGAGAGGCGCGAUAGUCUAUCUAUAACUGGAUAUAAAAUAUUUGAUACUAUAUUGGAUUUCACAGGAAUUUUACCAAAAGAAAAUAUAGAUUAUAUGGAAAGAGCUUUUAAGCUGAUGAACGUUCUUACCUAA